AUGGUCAAGGAGGUCUCUUCCGCCGCCGAGUUCGACGCCGAGCUCACUGCGGCGUGCUCCAAGCUUGUCGUGGUCGACUUGCACGCUGUUUGGUGCGGACCAUGCAAAGCAAUCGCACCCAUCUUCCAACGACUCGCUUCACAGUAUACCAACACCGUCUUUCUUAAGGUCGACGUCGAUCGAGUGCAGCCCGUUGCGCAACGAUACGGUGUUCGUGCCAUGCCCACCUUCCUCUUCCUCAAGAACAAGAGCCUCGUCGAUACGCUUCAAGGUGCCGACCCUAGCCGACUCACUGCCCUCGUCAAGCAACACUCCUCGGCCGCUUCCUCCUCCGCUUUCUCCGGUUCCGGUCAGACGCUCUCUGGCACCAGCUCGGGCUCUUCCAACACAUCCCGUGCCCCUUGGCUCGCUGGCAUCACUCAAGGCCAUACCUCGCUUCUCGCAACCGUCGAGCUAAAAAGAUGUUCAGCGCUCAACGAAAAGCCCGAUCGACGCUUGCAAGACAUCAUCUCUGGCCCCAGUGGUGGUAAAUGGCUCGAGAGCGAUGCUGAUGAACAGCUCCUCAUUCAUAUUACAUUCAAGGGCCAAGUCAAGCUCUCCGGCAUCCUCCUCCGCACGCUGCCCUCGCAUUUCGCACACGCUCCCAAGCAAGUCAAGAUCUUCGCCAACCGACCAGGACUUAGCUUUGACGACGCAACUUCCGAUCCAGCAGAUCAACAGGCCGAGCUCACCGAAGAGCACGUUCGAGGUGGUGAGAAUGGAGGUGGAGGCAAGCUUUUCGCUCUGCGUUUCGUCAAGUUCCAGAAGGUCGAUUCGCUCUCUAUUGCCGUUCUGUCUAAUCAACGAGACGCAGAGACCACACGAAUUGAUGCCAUUGAUGUGUUUGGCAUUGCAGAUCAAACAACCGACAUGAGCGAGCUUCAAAAGAUCGAGGCUGGUGGUGCAACUCGCGAUAUGCAUUUCAGCAAAGUCUCCAGAACAGGUCUCAAAGGAGGAAGUUUGUCCAGCAGCUCUCGAGGAGGAUUCACUGCGCAAACAAGCUCGUCAAGCCCAAAGACCUCAACAGAUGCGCAACAAGCCGGUCGACACAGCCGACCGCACUCGACAUCCAGCCUGAACCCUGCCAUGCCUAGAUUUCGGAGAUCAGGCUCCUCUUCUUGCGCUCCUCGGAUGCAGCACCUCGACGAGGAAGACCAAGACGAGUAUGUGGACGACGUUUCCAGAAGGCCAUCUGCUCAGCAGCAGUCUGGCUUUGCUGCUCAUGCGCCACCCUCUCUGACGGAAGAAGAGGAGAAGGAGUUCCAAGUUGCUCAGAAUGCCGCACGUGAUGCUUUCCGAGGCUGGCACUAUGCACCUCUGGGGGUGGCACUGGCACCUCCACUGGGCGCACUUGUUGGUGGCCAUUCCGACGCCUGGUCCGACGCCAUUCUUCUCAUCCUUGCCAGCUUCUGGCUCUACCAGUUCCUUCGGGUACCAUGGGAGAUUUACUACGCUUCCAUGACCCGACACGUUCUCACACACGAUGCAGACGAACAAGAGCAAGCAGAGCAAUGCGAAGAUGCCGACCGCGACACCUCCAGAGGCACAAAAAAGAAGCUUGUCGAGUCGCACCAACACAUAGAGGCACGUCAAGCGGCGUCUGCAGAGCUACGACGCUCCGAAUUGCUCAGCCUCAUCUUCUGUGUGACGAGCCCGAUUGUGGGUGCAUACAUGCUCUAUUGGAUGCGCGAGACCAUGACCGAUGGCAACAAAUACCUCAACACCUUCAACAUCCGCCUCUUCACUAUGGCCGCUGGCAUCAAGCCCUGGUCGCAUGCUAUUCACCUGAUCCAGCGCAGAAUGUUGCAUUUGCAGGAACAAGUGCACUAUCCCUCGUCCAAGGUGGAAAAGAUGAGCCAACGUCUCGGUCGCAUCGAAGCCGACUUGUCCAGUUUGCGAAAACUGUACGCCACCAAGAACGACAUUCGUGUCUUACGCGAACACGAAACCCAACUUGGCCGAGCCUUGCGUCGUUCUGAGAGGAAGGAGGAGUAUCUCCGACUGUCAGCAGAAGAGAAGUUCAGCAUUGUGGAAGGCAGGCUGGAAGACUUGCUUCACGAGGUAGCCAUCAAUGCCGAGCUCAUCGAGCAAGAGCGCAAAGAGAGGGAGCGAGCAGCGAGUCUCGGCAUCUCCUUGUUCGAAGCCGUCAAGUAUCUCGUUGGCUCUGGCCUCACUGUUCGACGUGCCAGCCGGAAAGAUUAUCUUGACGACCUGCCUCGCAGCCUACCCUCGACCGCGGCACUCGGAAUUGGAUCUAGUUCUGCUGACGCUGAUGCCCACUUGGAUGGUGCUAUGAACGGCGGCGCUUCUCUGUCUCCUUCGGGCGAGACUUUGAGCCCCAAUGGACCACCUCGUCCAGGGUCAAUUCACUCGACUAGCGCAAAUCGUGAAGGCUCUCCACCGUCCAACAAGGGUGCCGGCAGCUACUCUUCCGGAUCGUCGGCUGGUGAAGUACCUCAGCCGCAGCGGUCUAAUAGCGCUUCCGGUGCGCCACGAUCUCGCUCUCGAGGGGCGAUUCAUCACGUCUCGGAUCCUUGGUGGGAACGCGGCGUUGGAUUCUAUCUCUUCCUUCCGCUCAACGUCUCGAGUGCCGCGAUCCGCUUUGCUGGUGAGAAAGUCAAACACAUCCUGCAAGACUCGGGGAACGAGGUUGCCAGGAAUCAGAGGAAGACGCUUCAAUACCAAAAGCAUCUUGCGGACGAACAACUGCAGCAGCAGCAUCAUUAUCAUCGCAAACAGCAACAUUAG